AUUACUAGUUAAAUCAGUUUGUUAAAAUAGUGUUUACAAUAUUUUAAAGUGCCUGGUCUACCAAUAAACUCACCCCGGCAAUUUUUACAUAGUCUAGUCUGCAAACUUACUUUUCUAAGAUUAUCCAAAUAGAUGUGGCAAGAAAUCAUAAACUUUCGUUUGAGGAAAAUCGUUUCCGAUCAUCAUGUGCUGAAAAAUCCGGAAAAGUAUCAGAUGAAGUCGAAAGGGAAAGUUACCUCAGCCUUGUUAUAUUGAUGCUGGGCGACGUGCAGACUGUGAACAGAUAUUUUAUUUUGUGACGUCGAUCACCAGGCAAGUUUUUCUAUAAAUUUUGUUGUGUUUUCCUACAGAAUCAAAUUAUGUAAAAAAUAAAAUACGCGUUUAUUUACAUUCUGAAUAUACUUCUCACGGUCGACAUGCCUCUGCAUCACCGCACUUGUUUAUUUAACUAAAUGAAAUAAUUCUAGUAAAGACGGAUGAAACAAUCGACGUCUGGUGGUCAAAUCACGUAAACAUAAUUUAUAAUUUAUACCGACAUUCGUUUUUGAGACUUGUGCGAGGAGCAACAGGUUUGACAAGUGUUUUGUUAGACUGACAGGUUGUUUGCACAGACGCUAUCCAAUAAAAAACACGCACCAAUGUUAUUACAUUAUUAAUAGAUGAAUAGAUACACAUUAUUAAUAUACGUUCUUUUAACAUAUGUUUAGAGCGUCUGUUUUGGGUUGUUUUUCAUCAUGUCCCUGGAGGAGACGGUGGAGAGAGUUUUGAAGGGAGAGGGACUGGAGGUAACCGAGCUUCACUUAGCUCCUAAACAAAAGAAGCCGGUCACACGGAAAGACACAUGCUUUGCGGUCUGUGCGAUCAUCUUCAACUCUAAGAAUGAGGUGUUGAUGAUUCAGGAGGCGAAGGCAACGUGUCCUGGAUCAUGGUAUCUCCCUGCAGGCCGUAUGGAAGAUGGGGAAAGUAUUGAAGAAGCCUUAAAGAGAGAGGUGAAAGAGGAGGCAGGAAUAGAUUGUAAGCCAAUCACACUGCUCCAAAUUCAAGAAAAAGGGCCAAGAUGGAUCCGCUUUGCUUUUCUGGCUGAGAAAACAGGGGGCUCUCUGAAGACGCCAAAAGAAGCAAACGCUGACUCCCUGCAAGCUCAAUGGUACGAUCGCGAAUCUCUGCCUAAGAAUAUUCGCAAAAGUGACAUUCUCACCCUCAUUGAUGCUGGGAUAAGAUACCGCCAAAGUCCUUGGUGCUCAGAGUUACAGCCUGUCAACUUACCCUGUGACGUAGUGUGUCAAAGGCUUCUUCUCGCAUUCACCUCCAGUGAUGCUAACCUUGAAAAUGGUGAGGAGGAACGCAUAUGGCUUUUGGUGAGCAAGGACUCCCAACUUCCUGUUGUGGCCUCAGUCGAAGCACAAACUCUCAUGGUCACUGCAAAAAAGCUGGUUAAGGAUUGCAUGCCCUCCGUUUAUGAGCAGCUAAGCGUGAACACGUGCGGGAUUCUGGGAGUGCAGCACAGUGGGAGAGCUCCCGGCCAAACUGACGGAGUGUGUUUAAACACUCUCGUGCUGUUGGAGUACAAGGAGGAAGAAGAGGAAAUCAGUGUCAACAGUCUACCGAAAACAGAGAAUGAUGGUUUCAGAUGGCAUGAAGUGACCAAUAAGAGCUUGAGGACUGAGAUACUGCAAAAGAUUCAAGAAGGGUCUGUCUUGCCUGUUCAAAGCCUAUGAAUGAGAACAUCUCUUGGAUUCUUUACUGAAGACAUUGAAUUGUCUACAAUUUAAUUACAGCAGCUUU